GAACACAUUAGGCCAAGCACCAUCAGGGGAGCAGGAAAGCUGACGUUUCGGGCCUGGACCUUUCUUCAGAAAUGAUUCCUGAAUGGAGACAACUUGUCUGUUGAGCUGCAUUAGCCUUUCGCAACCAGUGGCCUACUGAUAAGGCAGAGCGGCGGGACGGAAAUAAAGUAUCUUCACGGCUCAGACGUAGAUGUUUGACCUUCUUGAACUUAUGCAGUUCAGAUGGUGUAGAUGCAGCGUCACUGAAGCCUUAUAAUGUCCAAGGAGGCCUCUGGGCCCAUGUUGCCUGCACUGUCUCUCCAAUGAGCAUUAUGGCCUACUGCCAUCUGCUUGAUUUUUUUUGCCUGUAUCUUUGCGCAUCGUUUACCUUUGAGUAACCCUAAUGCAUUACUGAAUGCCUCAAUUGAACCUGCCUCUACUGCACUUUCAGGUGGUCUAUUCCAGUCACAAAUCACCCAUUAGGUGAUACAGUUUUAUCUUGCAUCAGACCUGUUCAUUGAUGUGUUCUGAUCUACAAUGCUGACAGAUAAGAAGUUAUUCACUCAAUGAUGAUGAAGUAAUGGUAUCAUGUACUAACCAGCAAUAACAACCUGUAUUUUACCAUGAUUACAAGGCUACCACAAGGAUAGGAUUUGCAGUCGAGCAACUAAACCAGGUGUCCUAUCAGGAUCUGACAGUCACCCAAUUUGUCUUGACCUGAAUAUCAUUGGAUUUUGAACAUGGAAGAAAACGGCACUGUUCACAUUGGAGAGAAACCAUUCACAUGUUCUACGUGUGGACAAGGAUUCACCCAAUCGUCUGGCCUGUCAAAACAUAAAUGCAGCCACAGUAGGGAAAAACCAUGGAAAUGUGGAGACUGUGGUAAGGGAUUUAUUUCCCCCUCAAAGGUGGAAAUUCACCGGCGCAUUCACACUGGGGAGAGGCCGUUCACCUGCACCAAGUGUAGGAAGGGGUUCACGCAGUUAUCUGAUCUGUUGACACACCAGAGAAUUCACACUGGGGAGAGGCCAUUCACCUGCUCUGACUGUGGGAAAGGUUUCACUCAGUUCACCCACCUGUUGACACACCAGCGAGUUCACAGUGGGGAGAAGCCAUUCACCUGUUCUGACUGUGGAAAAGGAUUCACUCAGUUGUCCAAUGUGCUGAGACACCAGCGAGUUCACACUGACAAGAGACCUUUUAAAUGCCCGGAUUGCGGGAAGUGCUAUAAAAGUUCUGAGGAACAAAUGUCCCAUCAACGUGUUCACACCAACGAGAGGCCAUUCAGGUGCUCUCACUGUGGGGCUGGCUUCAAGCGAUCAUCUCAACUCACUCUACACCAGCGAGUUCACACUGGAGAUAGGCCGUUCAUUUGCGCCACGUGUGGGAAGGGAUUCACUCAGUUAACUCAUCUGCUGACACACCAGCGAAUUCACACUGGGGAGCGACCAUUCGCCUGCUCUGAGUGCGGAAAGGGAUUCACUCAGCUAACCCACCUGCUGACCCACCAGAGAUCUCACACUGGGGAAAAGCCAUUCACCUGCUCUGAGUGUGGCAAGGGAUUCACUGCCUCAUCCAUUCUGCAGGCACACCAGCGAGUUCACACGGACGAGAGGCCAUUCAGGUGCUCUUACUGUGGGACAGGGUUCAAACACUCAUCGCAACUCACUGUACACCAGCGUCUUCACACUGGGGAGAGGCCAUUCACUUGCUGUGAGUGUGGCAAGGGAUUCACUCAGUCAUCCCAUCUACUGAGACAUCAACGAGUUCACAAAUAACUGCAGUGAUUGAAUUUUGUUCUGAACUGAGACGCCCUCAAGGGGUUUAUUAUUGACAAUUAAGACAUACUGUAUAGGUUUUCUGACCUUAAACAUAAUAGGCACUGAAACCCGAUGAGAUGCAACCCAGGACACUGAGGGAGGCGAGAGUGGAAAUUGCAGAGGCACUGCUGUAAUUUUUUGAUCUUCCUUAGGCAGGUGCCAAAGAUCAGAAGAAUUGUAAACAUUGAGCCCAGUUGUAAAAAUCUUCUGGAAAUUUUCAUUAGGGGUGAAUUGAAAAUCGUAUCAAUAAUUACUGGUUAAUUAAUCAGAGUUAACUAGAAUUUUGCCUUAAAAUUAAUGCUAAUAAACUUUUUUCAUAAAGCUAGCAAUGCUGAUCAGGGCAAUACAGUUGAUGCGGACUUCCAAAAGGUAUCCGAUACGGUGCCACACAACAUAUCUGUGAACAAAGUUAGAGGUCGUGGAAUGAAAGGGGCAGCAGUGACAUAGAUACAGAAUGGGCUGAGUGACAGGAAAGAGAAUAGAUGUGUUCAACUGGAGGAAUGUUUGUAAUGGAUGUGUCAUGGUCAGUGUUGGGACUUUUGCUUUUCCUCAUAUGUACUGUCACAGUACAUUUUAAACCAACUUUUAUGUAUCCAUCUAUAUUUACUGACUUUUUAAAACAUAUUAAAUGGCCUGAAAAAGCUCUACUCAUGCAACUGGAAUAAGCAGUAACUUUGACUUCUAAACAGACUUCUACAAAGUUACCCAGACAAUCAACAGCAAAUGUACCUCCUUGUGUCAUAAAUGGUCAAAAAAAAAGCUCGUUGUGUCCAACAAAAACCCCAGGACAGAACAAUUGCAGUUACGUCUGUCCUUUAAGGAGAACUGUCGAUCACUCCACUUAACCUGUAAGAUGGAUCAUCAACCCUUGUUUAAUCAAUUGUACAAGCCUUUGUCUCAAUUCCCUUUGUCUCUGUUUACUUUGCCGAGAAGGCUUGGUCACAAUAUGCAUCCAGUGACGAAACCAACUGCUUUUUAAUUAUUCAGUUUUGAAACUGUAGUCGGUUAAGGGAUGAAUGAUGUUUCAUAAUUUGUUUACUGGUGACCUCAACCCUCCCCUGCACCACCAAGUCUGGGCUGCAAAGGUCAAGCCUCUGGCCUGUGUAAAAUUAGGCAGAAAUCUGUAUUUGUGUUCUCUGCAAAAAUUAAUGUUCUUUUGUGAAAACAUCAAAUUAGAAAUUACAUUUCAGGAAUAACCCCCAGAUGCUCUUUGAAGGAUUUUUUAUUUAAAGAGAAAAAACUGCUUACAACUCCUGAACUUUUGACUAGCCACCCCACUACGUAGAAAGGAACUGAAGACUUCUGACUCCAGCUCUGGACUUUUUAAACUCUCUCUUAAUGGCAAGACAUUGAUAAAGUGGGGGGUAGACCAUGGUUGCUUUUGUACCUAAAGUGUUAUUAAUUUGAUAAUCUCGAUCUUUUUUGAUCAGAUCUCUCUCUGCAUGCUUGUAAGCUUGCCAGUGUAGCAAAGUACCUCUUCUUUACCCUCCCUACUACAACUGGGUCUGAGCUUGUCUGAAUUAAACUCUACCUCUACUGUUA